UUAAAUAAAAAAUGCAACAAUCUUCACUUAAUCUUUAUUUUUCAUCUCCGCGUGCUUCAACAAUUUCUGCUAAUGCUUUAAGCGAAAAUAAAUUGCGUCGAGCAAAAUCAACGCCUAGAGGGAACAGAAAGGUGUCCUCAAUGCUUAAAUCUAUUGAAAAUGCGAAACAAACAAUUCUGGAUGUUGGGCAAAAGGGGAUUGGAAUGGAGCAUUGUGUGAAGGUUUGGGGGGUUUUGUGGGGGAUAUUUUGUCAUCUUCGACUUUUUUGGUUUAGAAAUACAUUUAUUGUCAAUUACUGAAUUUUUGGGGUCCGGAAAGCUGAUAGAAAUGAAACUGAGUAUCG